UUUCGUGUUGUAUAGCGCAAGUGCUUCGACCACAAUGGUCACAGUGGCAGUGGAACGUUGGUAGAACACAGCAAGGUAGGGGCCCCAGCAGGUGCCCCAACCACAACUAGCAAGACGGUGGCCCACGGCAAAGUGGCCCUCGGUGGCGGCCAGAACAAUGCCACCAAGGGCGGUAACUCCUCGGCCGCAGACGGCGACUAUCAGUUGGUACAGCAUGAAGUACUGUACUCGCUCACAGCGCAGUACGAGGUGCUGGAGUUCCUUGGCCGCGGCACCUUUGGCCAAGUGGUCAAGUGCUGGAAGAAGGGCACCAAUGACAUCGUGGCAAUCAAAAUCCUCAAGAACCACCCCUCCUACGCCAGGCAGGGCCAGAUUGAGGUUGGUAUAUUGACAAGGUUAAGCCAGGAGAGCGCAGACGACUACAACUUUGUACGAGCCUUCGAAUGUUUCCAGCACAAGAACCAUACGUGUCUGGUGUUUGAAAUGCUUGAACAGAACCUCUAUGACUUCCUCAAACAGAACAAAUUCUCUCCACUGCCGCUGAAAUUCAUCCGACCCAUCCUUCAGCAGGUCUUGACAGCUCUUCUCAAACUUAAGCAACUUGGGCUGAUCCAUGCAGACCUGAAGCCAGAGAACAUCAUGUUGGUAGACCCGGUCAGACAACCGUAUCGUGUCAAGGUCAUCGACUUUGGCAGCGCUUCUCAUGUGAGCAAGGCCGUGUGUAACACCUACCUGCAGUCUCGCUACUACCGUGCCCCAGAGAUAGUCCUCGGCCUGCCCUUCUCCGAAGCUAUUGACAUGUGGUCGUUAGGUUGUGUCAUUGCUGAGCUCUUCCUGGGAUGGCCGCUCUAUCCAGGGUCUUCUGAGUACGACCAGAUUCGUUACAUUAGUCAAACACAAGGGAUCCCUGCGGAACACAUGCUCAACAAUGCCACCAAGACCACCAAAUUCUUUUAUAGAGACAAUGAGUCGACCUAUCCAUUCUGGCGGCUUAAGACCCCAGAGGAACAUGAAGGGGAGACCGGUAUAAAAAGCAAAGAAGCACGUAAAUACAUCUUCAACUGCCUGGAUGACAUGGGUCAGGUCAACGUACCCACUGAACUUGAAGGCGGUGAGUUGCUGGCGGAAAAGGCGGACCGACGGGAGUUCAUCGAUCUGCUGAAGCGCAUGUUAACCAUGGAUCAAGAACGGCGGAUCAGUCCCGGAGAAGCGCUCCAGCACAGCUUUGUUACCCUCCAACACCUGCUGGAUUAUCCUCAUUGUUCCAAUGUUAAGGCUUCAAUGCAGAUGAUGGAGGUGUGCCGGCGGCCGGCUCCAGCAUACGCCACAGCUGCCACGGUUUCCCAGGCUCAGGCGCUCCCGCCCUCACUCAUGCCUAACUAUGUUCAUUCCACCAAUGGUUCUGUCACUCUCACUUUCAACAAUCAGAUCACCAAUCAGUAUGGGUUGUACCAAGGGAGUCGCAGCGGACGAGGCUACAGUGGCAGCAGUCGAGGAGAAGCCGCGGCAGCGGCUGCGGCGGCGGCUAGCUUCCAGCCACAGCUGGUGUCGUCCAUCCUUUGUCCGCCGCCAUACCAAGGUCUGGCGUCCCCGGGCAAGCAUGUCACGGUAGUGACACAGCAACCACAACUUCAACUGCAGCCUUCUCUGCUCCCCCAGCAGGUUGGCGGUGGUGGUCAGUAUGUACCUGUCUCUAUGGUGGAGCAACCAGGACGUGGCAUGUUGUUGACAACUGGUGCGGCAGUGGGCGGAGGAUGGGGUCGUGGCGGCCAGAUGGCCCUGGUUCCCGGCGGCUGGCAGCAGCUGCCACAGCCACCGACUUCUCUGCAGCAACCAGCCAGUCUCCUGCCUGACGCCACAGAUGCCUGGCGGCGGACAUUCCUGGUUGACUCGUCAGUGGUGCAGGGAGAUGCACCACCCGCCAUGUUUCCGGUGGACCUGCACCCAGAGCUCUACGAGGCUUACCCGUCUGGCACCUGGGCGGGUAGCAAGCGCUCGAGCAAAGCCUCAUUGCUGAGCCACUCCGGCGCACACGCUGCCCACACCCUCCAUGUGGGCGGUCGACCAACACAGCCGCCUGCACACGACAAGAAAGAUCUGAGCCAGCAGCUGUCACCCGUCAAGAAGCGGGUGAAGGAAGGUACACCGCCAGGUGCGUCAUCUACACACUGGGGCGGCAGUGGCACAGCGACACAACUCAACCAUAACUACCACAACAAUCAUGUUCAUCAUUCAGCUCACCACGGGAGUCAUCACCAGGGUCAUCCUCACCAUCCAAGUCAUCACUCUACCCACCACUCCACCCACUCCUCCAGUCAUCACCCGGUGAUACAUGGCAGUCACUCCAACCACACCAGUCAUGUCAGCGGCGGCACAGGUGGUGGCGGCGGCAGUCACAGCUCUCAUACAGGUGGACACACUGGUCAAGCAUCUCAACAGACACACAGCAGCCAGCAGCACUCCAACAGCAAUUAUAGCAGCAGUAUCAACAGCAGUGGCAGACAGCAAACCAUCACCAUCCGUGACACUCCAUCUCCGGCCGUCUCUGUCAUCACCAUCAGCGACAGUGACGACGAGGCUGCAGGUAAAUGUUGCAAGGACCGUCACUGCUCAACGUGUGUCAACAACAACAAGAUUGCUUCCAGUUCACAGCAGCACCAGCAACAACAGCAGCAGCAACAACAGCAACAGCAGACAUCGCACGAUGACAAAUAUGCUAGUUUGUCCCACAACUACUCGUCGGUGGGAGCGUCUCACAGCCAGAAGAAGAGACUGCUGGCCAAGGCUCAGAGCGAGUGCAUGUUGCACGUUGCAAAGCCAGAAGCUCGCGACUAUGUUGCUCAACACUCCCGCGACAACAUCUACACCACCAGGGAUCACCUGGCGCCGCCCGCCGCCCACGUCAGGGACUCACUGUUGCAGCCGCUACCCACCCACCACGACAACCUCCCACCGCCCGCCGCCCACACCCGCGACCCCGCCCGCACCCACACCCACACUCACACUCACUCUUACACCCAGCCUCCACAGGCACAUAAAGACUACUCUAUACAGUCUGGAGUACACCCGCCUGGACACAAGGACUACUCACAGCCUCCAGUAGCCCACAGUAACCGUGACCAGCGCGUGGUGGUAGGCAGCAUGAAGGGCUGGUGCAGCAGUAGCAGCAGAGGCAGCAGUGCGGUGGUGGGCGGGCAGGGCAGUAGCGGCAGCAGCAGUAACAGCAGCCUGACCUACGCCCACACGCUAGGGCGGGCACACGCUGGAGGUGGCGGCGGCAGCCACCACUCCCCGACCGCCCAGGCUCACGGCUUGUCGCCCAUCUCCCAGAUAGCUGUCACCAGCUCCCUGGCUGGUAUUGUGCCCACGCAGGCGGAUGUUUACCGGGAGUAUCGCCGUGCUGCACCGCCACAGGCCGCUGCCGCUGCUGCCGCUGCUGCUCAGGUGUACGUUGCUACCACUCAACCAACUUACCUACCCUCAUCCAUCCCUGCUACUCAUACUGUCAACCCUUUUACACCAGGAGGCGCGUUGCCACCACCCGCUCACCACAGCAAUGGGCGUGCCGUGCUGGCCGCACCGCCCGCCCACCCGCUUCCCGCCCACAUGCAACCAACGGCUGUGUUCCCCACACACCCACAAGUGGCGCCGCCGUACAAUGCAUACACGGCGCUCUCCCCUGCCAAGAGCCAGUACCAGAGCAUCUGGUUCUCCGAAUAGAAGAAACUUCUCGUCUGUCCGCCGUCAAAGAAUAGAAAUGGCCCAGAAGUUGAGCUGGAAAUAAAUUUUUUGGUAACCCCCUCAAGAAUUGUAGAAUUGAAAGGUGGAUAAUGAGGGGAAAGAAGGGGUCUAGUGUAGGCCUGACCCUCACCACCUUCUCUACAUUUUAACAAAGAGCUGCCUUACUACAAACAUCACCAUUACAAAAAAAAUGGCAUCAUGGGCCUGCUAGAUUUUGACUAGAAAAAUGGGAAACGAUAAAUGCCAGGAGGAAAUAGUCAUUAUUGUUCGUGCCAAGUGUCAGGGUUGACAGUGACUAAGUGUUUAACAAAAGUAGUAAAUAUGAGAGUGUUAUAAAUCUCCAUAGGUGCAAAGCUCUUUGAUAUAAUUACUGCCCUGUGAUUACUGAUUGGGGGCCAAUAUAGAGUUUUUGAGUUGAUUGUUCUCUUAACAUGACUCAAGGAUCAGUAUGGGCCCCAGAGUUGUGUGUAGAACUAGUGCAUGUGCGCUGGAGCGCGCCCUCAGCAUCUUAACCGUACAUCGGCCGUCCCUGGGGCGGUGAUAUUCAUCAGCAUAUUGUUGAUGAGUAAGAGAACUAGUUAUCACUUUUUAUUGUAUAUUAUGGUUUGUGUGCGAGCCUUGAAUGGUAGGAGCGCCGCUCUUGAAGGAUGGACACUGUGUGCGCGCUGGCCACUUUGGUUCACCAAAGUGGCCACAUUUUUAAACUUUUAAGUCGGCCAAAGAAGUUCUAAGUUUGUUUUGUGUUGAACUUGAUAAAUCUUAUCAAGUGUAAGAUUUUAGUUGAAACUCCAAGUGUUAAUUCUGUGAAGGUUAGCCACUAAGGAUAUUGGUUAAUAAAUGCCACGAACUGUAUCUUCAGUCAAGUAGGCCUAACAAUAUGCAGUUAUACAGGUGUAUAUUUAUUUUGUGUUUUACCCAGUCUAAAUACGUUUGAUAUGUUUUAAAGGGAUACAAGGGGCUUGACAGUGGUCUGUAGUAGAUGUUUUAGCACGAGUAGUCUUGUGUUUAUAGCCGACGAAGCCGAGGGUCUCGGCGCCGUGUGGUCGAGCCCGUCUUCCCGUCCACAAAGCAAGGGAAGGCGGGGCGGCGGCGGUGCAGCGCUCGCCGGCACGGUGCACCGUGUUUGGUGUUUGUUCGCAGGUUUGUUUGAUCUCCAUUAACAUAUACGCUUUCUUGGACUUCUUCCCUAUGUGUAAAGAUGUUAUUUAUGUCCAGCGUGUGAGGACCUUCUCUUUUUAUCUUGAAACAUCCUCUGUAUGGUAUUUGUGGCGGUCUCUGGACCAGGGUCUCCUGACUGUGGUCUCUGAACUGUGGUCUCCGGACCGUGGUCUCCAGACCGAGAUCUCCUGACUGGUCUCUGGACUGUGGUCUCUGGACCAUGGUCUCUGGACUGUGGUCUCUGGACCAUGGUCUCCAGACUGAAGUCUCCUGACUGUGGUCUUGUGAUUGUGGCCUCCUGACUGUAGCCUUCUGACUGUGGCCUCCUGACUGUGGUCUUCUGACUGUGGUCUCCUGGCUGUGGUCUUCUGGCUGUGGUCUGUGGACUGAGGUUUCCUGACUGUGGUCUCUGGACUGAGGUCUCCUGACUUUGGUCUCUGGACUGAGGUCUCCUGACUGUGGUCUCUGGACCUAGGUCUCCUGACUGUGGUCUCUGGACCCAGGUCUCCUGACUGUGGUCUCUGGACCCAGGUCUCCUGACUGUGGUCUCUGGACCCAGGUCUCCUGACUGUGGUCUCUGGACCCAGGUCUCCUGGCUGUGGUCUCUGGACCCAGGUCUCCUGACUGUGGUCUCUGGGCCCAGGUUUCCUGACUAUGGUCUCUGAACCCUGGUCUCCUGACUGUGGUCUCUGGGCCCAGGUCUCCUGACUGUGGUCUCUGGAGCUAGGUCUCCUGACUAUGGUCUCUGGACCAAGGUCUUCUGACUGUGAUCUCUGGACCGAGGUCUCCUGAUUGUGGUUUCUGGACCCAGGUCUCCUGAGUGUAGUCUCCAGACCCAGGUCUCCAGGACUGAGGUCUCCGGGACCAAGGUCUCCGGGACCAAGGUCUCCUGACUGUGAUCUCCGGACCAAGGUCUCCAGACCCAGGUCUCCUGACUGUGGUCUCUGAACCAAGGUCUCCGGACUGAGGUCUCUGGGCCGUGGUCUCCGUGGGUAGCAGGAGAGACUAUUACACACAUGGGCUAAGUGCUGACCCCCAUCACCUGCCUCUCUUAACCUCCACUGUGACUUCUCUCAUGGCAAGAUUUUUUUAUUAAGACACCAACCCAAAAUAGAAGAAAGACUUUGACUGUCACUCACACCGUUAUUGUCUUGCCAGAGGCUUGCUGGUUCAGUAAGUCCUCAACUUACAAACACAUUGUGGACCUCCUGUAUUGUGCAUAAUAAUGAUUUUAUUAUACACAAUAAUGAUAUAAUAUUGAUAUUAUACACAAUACAGAAGAUUCUCAAUGUGUAAGUCAAGGACUUACUCUACUAGAGAGGGAUUGAGUGAGUGAUGGUGAAGGUGUGUCUUCUUGGGGGUCACCUUGCCUUGGUGACAAACAUCUGAUGUGUUAGUAAACAUGUUUCUUGUAGAGUUGCGAGUGUUGCAAUAUUUUUGAUUGACUUUUUUUUUCUUCUUCUUUUAAAGUCUUUUAGAAUAUUUUUAUUGUUUAAGUUCAAGAUAUAAGAAAGUUUGAUAAUUCUGAAAGUUUGUACUUUUACCACAAAAAGAAAUGAAUGGUAUAGGACUUUUAGGCCUGAGAAGUAAUGGAGUCGGCAUUGAUAGUAACUGAAAAAUUAGACACGUGCAGCAUCUGCAACGUGCAGAUGUUGCACACGUGUUUAAUUCUCCAUGUUGUGGGUAUUAUAUACCAUUCAUACACAUUGCUAGUGACUACUUCAGUGAGGAGAGAGGAUGGGGGGGGCAGCCAUGCCUAUCUUUUUUUUUUAUCUUAGACCUAGACAUGUAGGGUGGUGGUCAGAUCUACAGCUGCUGUAGAUGUUGGCUGCGACCUUGUAUGUAGGGGGCAGCAGUAGCCAAGGUCGUCUCCAGGUUAUGACGACCCACGUGAUGCAGGGUGUGUUCUGAGGUUAUCUACGCCAGACACUUCAUAAACAAAUGCCCAGUUAUUUUCAGUCGACGUUUUUUGCCAUUCGGACAUUUUUAGUUUAGAAUUUUUGUAAGUUAGAAACUAGACGUUAUCCUUGGAGAGCAGAUCAUGUGUUGACUGUACAUAAGUAGCUUAGUGACCUUGUGCGUGCUUGGUGUGAAGCACAGCAUUGUGCGUGUGAUUACACAAGUCUGACUAUCUCAUUGUCCUCAUGAAAUGUCCUGGUGGUAAAUUGAAUAAUUGUCCUCUUUAAAUUGAUUAAUAAUGUUGAAAUAAUUGCCCUUGAUUCAGGUUAAGAUACCUCAGUUCACUCCUGGCCCCAAGAAUGGAACUGGGUUAGUAAGAAUCUGUGAGACUGACCAUUGGAACACUGUACACAAAUCAUCAAUUUGGUCCAGUAGAGGUUAUCACUAGUUUUGGUGCUGGUUAUCAGCACCUUUAUAACAGCCCUCAACAUGUGAUGUUUGUAUUUAGAGUGCCUAAGCUCUAGUAUUUUAGCAUAUAUAACAUAUAGACAAGGUUGAUUGUUGGGUAAUGUGUCACCAGGUGACUCUCUCUCUCUCUCUCAAUGUCAGUGUAGGGGAGGGCCCUGCAUGUACACUACCUAUUUUCGGUGUUAUGUUUUCAUUGGCCAUUGUUCGUUACAUUCCACGUGCUGGUGAUUGUCACCGAUGUGUGGAAUGAUGCCUAAAUUGGAAGCCAACAAAAGUGCAGAACACUGAAAACAGGUGGUGUACAUACUUGGCCCUCCUUUAUUGUGCAAUGCUGGGGCCCUGAGGGAGUCGUCCGCGGCCCCUAGCUCCCUCGUCCAAUGAAUGGAGAGGCCAGUGCAUCUGGGUGUAUCGUCACCCAGCAAUCAAGAUUGUUUGUGUGGGUUCAGUAUAACAAUGUAACAUUGUCGCCCAAUGUUAGUUCUGCCCUCACAAAACACUAAGAGAGUUCAUCAGUGUACACCGGUGUAGUACAUUGAGGUAGUACGCGGACGUAGUACACAAAAAGAUAUGAGUGUACGUAUCUAUAUUUUUCUUGAAAGUGUAAAUACAAUUGUGAGUGUAAUAUUUUGGGUCAUUAAAGGUGUGUAAAAACUUUGUAAGAUAAUUGUAAUGUGUAUUUAAUGAUAUUAGGUGACACAAAUAUCCUCAGUGUUUCUAAACAAUCUUUGUUAGUAUUCUAAAUAUCACAUUGUCACGCUUCAAAAAACAUUUAUAUUUCUCCCUGACUCCAUUCUAGAUUUCCCAGUUUGUGGUAGCUAGGAUUCAGUGACCUUUUUACUGCUUAAGAAAGAUUUUCACUUAUUCUGGUGACUUCUAGAUGUGAAACUGUGCUCAGAUUGUCACUUUGACUAUCAGGAUUAGUACUAGUAGUACUAAUACUAUCUUCAGUGUGCUGGAGAGUACUAGUACUAUCUUCAGUGUGCUGGAGAGUACUAGUACUGUGUUCAGUGUGUUGGAGAGUACUAGCACUAUCUUCAGUGUGUUUGAGAGUACCUAUACUACCUUCAGUGUGCUGGAUAGUACUAAUACUAUCUUCAGUGUGUUGGAUAGUACCACUACGACCCUUCCCACCUGACCCUUACUACUUCUACCUGUAUUACUACUAUAGUUCUCUCAGAUAUUUGUGUCCAGUUUAUUGAAGUCACUUUAUGCUAUGUAGAUAGCAGGGUUGGGUUUUCUAAGCACCUAUAGGCAGCCAAGAUCCUAGAGCCUUAGGCCUGGCUUCCAGAUUGCAGUAACUCUGGAAGUCGGCUGCUGGGAUGGCUUCUAACUCGCCUAUAGGCAGCCAGGAUCCUAGAGUCUUAGGCCUGGUUUCCAGAUUGCCGUAACUCUGGAAGUCGGCCGCUGGGAUGGCUUGGAACUCACCGAUGAUGUUGGUGAUCUGUGAGCGUUUGACAUUUUUUCCAUGUGCUCCCGCUAUGUGAUUAUGAGCCUAUUGUCCAUCUUGCAAACUGUAGUUGAGAACGGAACACUGGGUGGUGUUCUAUUAGGGUGGUGGUCCUGUGGGUUGACACGGUUGAUGUGUGUCCGCCAGCCUACGCCAGCAGGCGCCUACCAUGUCAUUUCUGGCGUCGCUGCACCUCGACUCUGCCCGAGGAAUUCGCGAUGCUUGUUGAUGUGUAGGGUGAUUGUGCGUGUGUUUUUUGUAUGAGUGCAUGGCAGUGAGUGCAUGUUUUAUACUUGAGUAUGUGAGAGUGUGUGCAGAUGCAUGAACUUGAAUGCAUAUGUGUGUGAGGUGCUUGUACAUACGUGUGCAUGCAGUAUUGAUGCAUGCAUACGAGUGUAUUACUGUAUGUGUAUGAGCGAUGCCUGCGAGUGCACUCUUAUACACACCCGGAUAGUCACCCCCACAGGACCCAGGUUUUAGUUCCUUAGUUUGUUAGGAUGUCAUGCAGUAUACUAGGAUAGUUUUGAAGGAUUCUUUGUCAGUUUAUCAUUUUAUUCUCCUUUUAAGCCAUUUUUGAUUUUGAGGGCCUUUAUUAGUGAAGUGUUUCCAUAAGACCAUUUAGUAGUAUUAUCUGUGGUUUUGGAAUUUUGAGAUAUGUAUAAUUAGUAAUAAUUGGGACUUUUUAAAUGGAAAUUAUUUGUAUGAUUUCCAGUGUAUGGUUUUACUUGCAAUUUUUAUUAAUUCUGAUAUUUCUUAUAUAUUCUCUGUCUACCCCAUUUAUUGUGUGUAUGAUUAGGCCUUUUAUCAGACUCCUCUAGUUACUCGAUCUUCUCACAAAUGCGGUUGAAAACGUACAGCGGAAAUUGAGUAGUAGGUACAGUAAACUUGAUAUAAGAGACUUGUUUUAUUACUUAAUGAGUUAUUGUACACUUGGAUAAUCCUCCCGCAUCAGUCCAUUAUAUGAAGGGUUUACUGUACCAUGAAGGUCUGUCCUUGCAAUAUUCAAUUUCUGUUAAGUAUUGUAAUGAAUACGGUUGAAAGAGUGCAGUGGAAAUUAAGUGCAUUUCCACACACUCCAGUUUUAGAUUGACUUGGUCAAUCACACUUACAGAUUAUAUAGUGGAGCUUUAUAAGAGGUACGACUUAUUGAUGACAUUGUAGCCUGGGAGCUUGUUGACCAGUGUUGCUGUUGCUGCAACUCUGUUGUGGCCCUCUUGUGUUGCUUCACAUGUACUCUGCAACACCUGAAAUACACUCUUACCUUUGUAAGUCACUUGUUUUAAGUCUGCAUCAAAAAUUUAUCUUCACGGCUACACUGGCAAGACUGUACCUUUGUAACACUGACUUUUAUUGUUGCCACAACACUGGUAAGUCUGUGUACCUUUGUAACACUGACUUUUAUUGUUGCAGCAACAUCAGCAAGUCAUUGUACCUUUGUAACACUGACUUUUAUUGUUGCAGCAACAUCAGCAAGUCAGUGUACCUUUGUAACACUGACUUUUAUUGUUGCAGCAACAUCAGCAAGUCAGUGUACCUUUGUAACACUGACUUUUAUUGUUGCAGCAACAUCAGCAAGUCAGUGUACCUUUGUAACACUGACUUUUAUUGUUGCAGCAACAUCAGCAAGUCAGUGUACCUUUGCAACAAUAUUGAUAUAGUUUCACAACAACACCAGCAAGACAGUGUACCUUUAGGGCCUAGUUAAUUUGUUGCAUUGAACAUCCAGUGUCUUGAACAAUGACACAGCUCAUUACGUUUCGUAGUUAAGUAUGGAGAGGCGGCCGGAUUAUUAGGCACACCGGAAAAAUUGAAUAUUUGUGGGGUUUAGGCCUAUUACAUCGAUUAGGAAAUGUUGAAUGAAUGAUUCAGUUAUGGUGGAAUGCAAUGAACACAUGAAUGACUAUGGUGUAAUGAACACUUGUCAGUGUUCAGUAAUGACACACAUGGAGACCAGAACACAGGAAGUUGAUGUGUAUAUUUUGACCAUCUUCGUGGUCAUCUGGUGAAGAGGACCCCAAAAUGGGGUCAAAAUAUGCAUAUCAAUUAACCUCCUGUGUUUCCUGCUCCUUUUGGGUUAUUGCUGAGUCUUCACGACUCAUGAAAUCAUAAUAGCACCAGUGCAAACAAACCGUGGGUUGUAAUCCCAUUUGUGGUUUGGUUAUUAUUGAAUAUUGAACAUGUACAUGUGUUCCACAUGUUUAACACUUAGUGUACCUGUAGCCUCAGUUACAAGAGCCAAGCCUGGAAGUACGUUGUGUACGCAGGUACAACAGUGGGUAUGUACGUUGUCAUCACAGUUCCAUACCCAUGUUAAUCUAUCAACCAUCUUAUGCUUGAAAAUAUAAAAGUCAAAUAUAUUAAUAAAUAAAUAAAUCAGUAAAUAACUAGUGUCACUGAAUAACUCAAUAAACAAAUAAUUAACUAAAUUUUUUUUUAACAAGUCGGCCGUCUCCCACCGAGGCAGGGUGACCCACCGAGGCAGGGUGACCCACCGAGGCAGGGUGACCCACCGAGGCAGGGUGACCCACCGAGGCGGGGUGACCCACCGAGGCAGGGUGACCCAAAAAAGAAAGAAAAUCCCCAAAAAGAAAAUACUUUCAUCAUCAUUCAACACUUUCACCACACUCGCACAUAAUCACUGUUUUUGCAGAGGUGCUCAGAAUACAACAGUUUAGAAGUAUAUACCAGUAUUAAAAAGUCAGUAAAUGAAUACAAGUUAGGGACUUGUUGCCUUCAUGUUGGGUAAUUAUUUUAUGUUUCAUCUUCAAAGUUAUUGUUGCAGCAUCAACAUAAAGUUGAAAUAUCCUAAGUUGAACCAUCGUAAAGUCAAAUUAUUCUAAGUUGAACCAUCAUAAACUUGAAAUACCCAAAGUCAGAGUUAUGUUGUUGUCACAAGUGUCAGCAGGUGACUGGGGUGAUGCUGCCACAAGUGUCAGCAGGUGGCUCUGGAGUGAUGCUGCCACAAGUGUCAGCAGGUGACUCUGGGGUGAUGCUGCCACAAGUGUCAGCAGGCAACUGGGGUGAUGCUGCCACAAGUGUCAGCAGGUGGCUCUGGGGUGAUGCUGCCACAAGUGUCAGCAGGUGACUCUGGGGUGAUGCUGCCACAAGUGUCAGCAGGCAACUGGGGUGAUGCUGCCACAAGUGCCAGCAGGUGGCUCUGGGGUGAUGCUGCCACAAGUGUCAGCAGGUGAUUCUGGGGUGAUGCUGCCACAAGUGUCAGUAGGUGGCUCUGGGGUGAUGCUGCCACAAGUGUCAGCAGGUGACUCUGGGGUGAUGCUGCCACAAGUGUCAGCAGGUGGCUCUGGGGUGAUGCUGCCACAAGUGUCAGCAGGUGGCUCUGGGGUGAUGCUGCCACAAGUGUCAGCAGGUGACUCUGGGGUGAUGCUGCCACAAGUGUCAGCAGGCAACUGGGGUGAUGCUGCCACAAGUGUCAGCAGGUGACUGGGGUAAUGCUGCCACAAGUGUCAGCGGGUGACUGGGGUGAUGCUGCCACAAGUGUCAGCAGGUGACUGGAGUGAUGUUGCCAUUAUUACCACCAUUGUUAAUAAUGACAACUUAACAACAUUCACCUUGUCACCUACUUCUCUAUAAUAGUAUCCUAUCAAACCUUUCUAUGAUAGGAUACCAUCUAACCUUACUGUGAUGGUAAGCUAUCUAACCUUUAUGAUAGUAAGCUAUCUAACCUGUAUGAUAGUAAGCUAUCUAACCCCUUCUCCUGUAUACAUUACGAAAUACAGUGGACCCCUGCCUUACGAUAUUAAUUCAUUCCAGAAGUCUGUUCGGGUGCCGUUACCGAGCAAAUUUGUUCCCAUAAGGAAUAUUGUAAAUCAAUUAGUCCGUUUCAGACCCCCAAAAAUACACGUACAAAAGCACUUACAAAAAUACAUUUACAUAAUUGUUCAAGUUGGGAGCUGAUCGUAAGGUGGGGGUCCACUGUAUGAGAGAAACUUUGCAUUUUUAGGUCACCGUCUGAGUGGGAUGCAGCUGGUUCAUUGGAAAAACAAAAGUAGUCUAUCUGUCAGUAAUGCACGAAUUUAACCCUUUUUUGCUAUGUUUUUUAUCUAUUUUUAUGAAAAUAUGAUGAUUACAGUUUCUGUAAGAUAAUUAGCAUUGACAGUGGAUUGGGCAGAUAGUGGGUUUGAGAAGGACCUGCCUAGUAUGGACCAGUAGGCCUUCUGCAGUGUUCCUCUGUGUUAUGUAAAAAGAAUAAACAAAUUCAAAGUAA